CAGCCCAUCAGCUGUUAGCUGAUGCUAAGGAAGUAGCAUUGUUUACAGAGCACGCUCAUGGACCUAAAGUGAAGCUGGUGGCCAACGCGCAAACAAAACCAACUAUGUGGACGUGAGAUAAAACACUUAUUGGCAGCUAUGUGUGUCCUUGACUAGAUGCUGCCAGAUGAGACAUGGAUUUCCUCACUCUGUUUGCCAUCUACGUCGUAGUGGUGCUCACGUGUAUAGUCUUAGUCUGCAAAUACUCAGGCCAGCAGCAAACUCCGUUUACUAUCUUCUUCAAUUCUGUAGGAAAGGUAGUUGCACCAUUUACUCCAAAAUGGCUCCAAACAUUUUCACAGUGGACAUUACACAGACUGUUUCAUCAAAGGAACAAUAUGUUCAUAUAUCUGCAUAUCCUGCUAGAGGCUGCUGUGUAUGCGGAGUUCACCUAUGAGGUGUUUGGCUUCUGCAGGGAGAUGGAAACCACCCUGACCAGCCUGUCUGUGCCUUACAUCCUGCUGGCCCUCAAGACCUUCUUCUUCUACCUCUGCAUCAAGAGAGAUCCAGGCACGGUGACGAAGAGGAAAGUUGCUGGCCAGCUGCACAUCUAUCCUUACGACAGGAGGUUGUUUCACCCUGGAGUAUCCUGUCCCACGUGCCAGCUUGUCAAACCGGCUCGCUCCAAACACUGCAGGCUCUGCAACAGAUGUGUCCAGCGUUUUGACCACCACUGUGUAUGGGUGAACAACUGUAUUGGUGCUCAGAACACACGUUACUUCCUGCUUUACCUCUUCAGCGUGUGUGCUAUGGCAGGAGACAUCGCCUUACUAACAGGAGACAUGCUGCUUCAUGCUGUGCUGCGGUCAGGGCUUUUGAUGGCCCGUUAUAUAGAUGAGUACGGCGAGCAGCAGCCAGCAGGGCCUCUGUUUGUUGUGCAGCAUCUGUUCCUGACCUUCCCCCGAAUUGUCUUCAUGCUGGGAUUUCUUGUCUUUGUCUUUUUCCUUCUGAUGGGUUAUGCCCUGUUCCAUUCCUACCUGGCUCUCGUUAACCAGACCUCCAAUGAGUGGUACAAAAGUCGAGGUUACGUAUGUCAGCACUGCCACCCAACUAGAACAGCAGACAAUCUCUGUGACCCAGCACCAGACCACUCUAAAAGAUACUACUACAGCAGAGGGCUGCUCAGAAACUUGGGAGAGAUUUUCUUCCCUCCACAAGCUGUUCAGAAAAAAGACAACUAAAAACAGAUAUUGCCUUCUGUGUCACUAUGCUGCGUAUAUUUUACAUCCAACAGAGUUUACGUUCACUAAAAACUACUGCUGACAUUAGAAAUAAAGUUUAUCUUUGUGAUUUCUUUA